ACACUCAUACAUUUCAAAUCUUUCAGUACUUCCUAAACCUCUCUUUUCUUUCACUUGAAAAAAUGGUUGUUUCUUCUAAUGCUGAACAAAAAGCCGCUAUAUUAUUUUUUAAGGGUUUAGAUUGGGAUGGAGAUCUAAUCGAUUUCGACUUUCCAGUGCAAGGCCAAGUCGAAGCCGAUAACGUAAGCUUGCUUCUACUUGCGGAUGAAGCCGAUAAGACGAAAGAACCUUUGCUUACAGUGUUACCACUAGCUAGACAGAAAAAUAUUCCCAUUGUGACUCUCGCUACCAUGGUAGAGGUAGGGGAGGCUAUAGGCUGGAACGAACCUGCAAAGAUAGCAUCUCUAAACAAGGGCAAAAGCUAUAUUGGAACCGUUAUAAACACUCUCAACCAAGCCGUGGAUGCUCCCAAAGAAGAACGUGAACCCUAAUUGGAGCGGCGGAGCGACGUAACGAUAUUAAUGGUAUCGUUUAAUAAUAAUAAUGAAAUUCU